CAUUCCGUGGUCCUAUGUCCAUGUAUAUAGGAAAUAAUGUUACACGCACGCCACUAUCAUUUGUCCUCUUUCAUGUGUAUGGUCAAACGUUCUCCAAAAUGACAUUUCGGAAUUUCCUGCGGAAAAACAAAACCCUGCUGUUCACAUUCCUACCACCAAUUGUGCUUCUACCUUUACCCUUAUCUGGACAAUCACAGGAAUCAAAAUGUGCUUACGGUCUACUUCUUAUGGCGUUCUACUGGACCACAGAGACGUUUCCGGUCGCCAUUACCGCCACACUUCCGGUUAUAUUAUUUCCAAUGAUGGGUAUCAGUAAAGUUGGCGACCUGGCCUCCAAGUAUUUUCAUCAUAUUACAUUUGUCAUGAUUGGUGGUUUGGCUGUUGCUAUAGCUAUCGAAAAAUGGAACGUCCAUACACGUAUAGCAUUACGGCUAUUACUGACCAUGGGUACCACUCCGAAAUGGCUCAUGCUUGGCUUCAUGUUGACCACUUCGUUCCUGUCCAUGUGGAUCAGUAAUACGGCCACAACGUCCAUGAUGAUCCCAAUAGCCCAAGCCGUUCUGACCCAGCUGAUGGGCAUGCGAGUGUCACGUGAUCAACUCAAACAUGAUCAGGAUACACGAAACGAUGAGAAGAAUAUACAUACCAUUCAAGAAAUGUCUGUAAACGGAGACACGAAGGUGGCGUUGGAUUUGCCUGAUGUAGAACCAUCUGAGAGUGUCGGGAUAACUAUACAACAACCGGACCAUGACGGAAAGCAGAAGUUGACCAUUCAGCAAGCACAACAAAGUGUAGAACAACCCGAACCUGUCGAGGGAGACAAAUUGAUCAAAGUGAAGAUGGAAGAAGUGGGGGAUUUUGACUUUGAGGCCCUCGAUCCCGAGUCAAAGAAUCUCUGUAAGGCUAUGUUACUGUCUAUAUGUUACGCGGCGAACUGUGGGGGUGUAGCUACACUGACCGGAACUGGACCCAACCUCGUCAUGAAGGGACAGGCGGACUUGAUGUCGGAUGGUGAAUCGGGGAUAACGUUUGCGACUUGGUUCGUCUUCGCCUUCCCCGUGGCUGUCAUCAACGUGCUGCUGGCCUGGCUAUGUCUGCAGGUCGUCUAUUUCGGAUUACGAAACCUGUUCAAAUCUGGUGACAAAUCGGAAGGUGAGGCGGUGAAAAAGAUAAUACGUUCUCAAUACGAUUCCUUGGGAAAUAUGAGUUUUGCUGAAAAGGCUGUCAUGGUCCUCUUUGUGAUCUUAGUGCUUUGCUGGUUUACGCUGGAGCCAGAGUUUGUACCUGGAUGGGGGUCGCUCUUCAAACAUGGAUACAUCAGUGAUGCUGUUCCUGCUAUGAUAAUUUGCUGUCUUCUCUUCGUGUUCCCAAGUUCACGAAACCAAAAUAACGCAGCUAACAAAAGUAGUGCGACGCUUCUUGACUGGAAAACCUUUAACCGGAAGUUCCCGUGGGGCGUUGCCCUACUUCUUGGCGGAGGAUUUGCUCUUGCACAUGCUUGUAAGGAAUCCGGUUUGUCGCUGUGGCUAGCCCGUAUGAUGGCGGUAAUGACUGGAAUCCCAGAAUGGGCCAUGAUUGCCGUCAUAUGUUUGGUUAUCUCCCUUUCAACGGAAGUUACGACAAAUACCGCUGUGUGUACAAUCUUCAUGCCCAUCCUGGCAGACCUGGCCAAAGGGAUCCAUGUACAUCCCAUAUACAUUAUGCUUCCGGCAGCGAUUUCAUCUUCAUUUGCAUUCAUGCUACCCGUAGCAACGCCGCCAAACACUAUUGCCUUCUCAUAUGGGUAUCUCAGAAUCAUCGAUAUGGUGAAGGUCGGCUGGAUCCUCAACCUUUUGUGUGUGGUAAUUGUUACCAUCGCCAUCAACACAUGGGGAAUGGCGUACUUCCGGUUAGACGUGUAUCCAGAAUGGGCGGUCAUACAGAGUCAAAUGUCAUCAUCGGUGUCAAAUUCUACAUUUAUUCAUAUCAUUAACAAAACGUCCAUUAUGACGUUAUCAGGGAACUUUACCGAAAAUGUUACAUCACUGUUAUUUAACUAAUUUAUAUGUGAAUUUGAAUGAAAUGAGGGGUUUUUUUUUGCAAAUUUUAAGAAUAAAUAUUUCAAAUAUGA